AUGGCGGCGGGGCGGGGCAGCUGGUGCUCCGCUUCGCCGCGCCCAGGCCGAGCGCUGCCGAGGCCUCCGGCCGGCCCUGCCCGCCCCGCUGGCUCCCUGCUGCGCUGGGCAUCGUCCUUCUCCGAGCCGGGCCCGACGGAGAGCGGCCCCAGCGAAGGACAGAUCUUCCUCAGCGAGAGCUGCGUGAAGCGGCUGCUGGAGAUCACAGAAGGAUCAGAGUUUCUCAGGCUGCAGGUGGAAGGAGGUGGCUGCUCUGGCUUCCAGUACAAGUUUUCCUUGGACACAGUUAUCAAUCCUGAUGACAGAGUGUUCGAACAAGGUGGUGCCCGUGUGGUAGUGGAUGUGGACAGCCUGGCCUUUGUGAAAGGUUCUAUGGUGGAUUUCAGCCAAGAGCUGAUACGAAGCUCCUUCCAGGUGGUGAGCAACCCCCAGGCAGAAAAGGGUUGUUCAUGUGGGACUUCCUUCUCUGUCAAAUUCUGACUGGACUUCUCAUGGAUGGACACUGUUUGCAGAUACUUCUGGCAAUCUCCAGAGGAUUUAUGUUUGUUCUUUUCCCUGCUGCUCCCUCUCAUCCCCCUUACACUGUGACACAGCUGUUACACAUUACUGCAGCUGUGUGUGUGUUUGCACUGAGCCUGUCUCCAAGACUUGUUGGCCUUCCCUUCAGAAAUGAUGAAGUUACCAUGAGCACACACACAAGGAGCACCUUGUGAACCACCGGCCAGGUGGGGCUGACUGACCUGCCCUGACCUGAAUGUGGAACUACUUAACUGUCUCUGCAAGAGAAGGCUGUAUAUAUAUGUGUGUGUAUGUUUAUUGAAAGGUCUUACUAAAAAAAGUCUAUGAGAUUGGUCAGUAUUGCUUGUGCAUUUACAUGUGGGUAGAAUGUGGGUUCUUUCGGGCUAGUGUUGCUUAUUCCUUGUCUUCCAAGUGAAUGGGACUUGGAGUCUUUCUCACAUGUACUGCUGGCUCUUCACUGCCCAGCUUACAAUGGGCUUUUCCAGAUACUUUUUUCUUGCUGAACAGGAUUCUCUUGGUCCCAGGAACCUAUGGUGCCUUUGCUGUAAGUUCCUGGGAUGAUGUUUUUCACUUGGUCAGAGUAAGUGA